AUGUUGUCCACCCCUGUCAACCUCCCCAAAUGGCUGGAGGAAAACUCGCACCUUCUCAAGCCGCCAAUCAACAACUACUGCGUCUACAAUGAAGAUUUCACCGUCAUGAUCGUAGGCGGCCCCAACGCCAGGACAGACUACCACAUCAACCAGACACCUGAGUGGUUCUACCAGUACAAGGGCGCCAUGAUGCUUAAAGUCGUCGACGACGGCGUCUUCAAAGACGUCAUCAUCCGCGAGGGUGACAUGUUCCUGCUCCCCGGAAACACGCCGCACAACCCCGUGCGCUUCGCAAACACCGUCGGCGUCGUCCUCGAGCAGCGCCGCCCUGAGGGCUCGCUCGAUCGCAUGCGCUGGUACUGUGAGUCUUGUCGCGAGGUCGUUCACGAGGCCGCAUUUCAUUGCACCGAUCUCGGCACUCAGAUCAAGGCCGCCGUCGAGGCUUUCAAGGCCGACGAGCAGGUGCGGACGUGUAAGAAGUGCGGUACGAUCGCCGAAGCAGCACCGAAGCCGGGUUCUAUCAAGGACCCCAAUUUAGAGUAA